AUGUUCAAAGCAAGCUAUUAUUCGCCUAGACCAGAAUAUCAAUCAAUUUAUCAUCAAAAUGAUCAGAAUUUUAACAUGACACAGCAACCACCACCUAUGUCUGCGCGUCCUCUUAUGACUCUUCAAGAAUUUAUUAAAACUACAAGAACUCCAAACAAAUUAAUUUCGAAACCGUUAGUAAAGUCUGUUAGAAUUCUUGAUCCAUCACUAUUUACUACUCAAGAGGAAUCGAGAUCACUUGCUCAGACAUUCGUUCGAAACUUUGCUGAAGAAGAAAAUCAAAUAACUCAGGCAACGAUUAUUCAAAAUGCCUUCAGACAAUCUCAAUCAAGAAGACAUUACAAGAAAUUUAUAAGAAUUCGAAUUUCUCAAAACAGAAAAUUAAUGAGAUUAUGUUUAAUUGUGUGGAAGCUCUUUGGAUUGAAAAAUGUCUUACGCCUUCAUCGUGUUUACGAUCAAUUUAUUGAUUUUCUGCCAAAUCUUCCAUACAUCCCUCAAGGAAGAAAAAUUUCUCCUUUCAGAUACUUUUAUACAAGUGGAGCACUCUUUUUACCUAUUUCUUAUUCGCAUACAACCUUAUACAAAAUGGUUUUAAUGUGCAAUAAGCCUUCAAUGACUAAGAUUUUCAAUUUAUGGAAGAAAAUUGCUCAUGAAAGGCGUGUUGAAUCAGAUGCUCUCAUCUUUGCAGAAUCAAUGAACAACAAAAUGUUGAAAUUUUCAUCUGCUUUCCUUUGUUUCAAACUUUGGUAUAAUUUAUAUCAAUACCACAAGAUCAGAGAUGAUUCUAGCAUUGUUAAACUACCUCAAAUUACUAUUUACGAUCAUGAUACAAUACCUGCAUGGCUUGCAACACAAAAUAAGUUGAAUCAGAAACGAAAAAUUCAAUACGACGCAACAAUUCAUUACCAGACAGAUGUUAUCCGUCGUAGUUUAACAGCUUUGACGAAAUUCACAAAGUUCCAGAAGAAUUGGAACGAAAUUGUUCCAAACCACGUCAAAAAAGAAAAUCAGAAGAUCAAAAAAUCUGUUUUCAAUGGUUGGAUAUCUUAUGUCAACAAGAAGAAGAAGCAGAGAAACUUUAUUCGCGAAAUCAUCAAAAGAUGGUACAAGAGAACAUACAAACAUUCUUAUUUCCAAACGAUUGACACAUUUUCAAGAAAAAGUGAAGUUACAUUCAAACUAUCUAAAGCUAUUCAUAUCUGGUCAUUCUAUGCACGCCGUAGAUCAAUCAAAUAUCUGCACACGAUGCUCAACAUCCAGAAGAAACCUCUUGGUGCGUACAUGUUAGUUUUUCUGAUAAAUGGCCAAUUUGAUUUAAGUUUUCAUAUUCUUUCUUUCAAACUUUGGCUGAACAUCAUCAGGAGACGUCGCUCAUUCAAGAAGAUGGUUGAAUUCCACAACAAUCUUUCUCAUGAAACAGAAUUAGCAUUCGGAGCAUUGACUAUGUUGAGAAGUCCAGAUGAAGGAGAAAAUCUGUUUCCAAACGGAAUCGGACUUUCUCUCGAACUCUCAAUCGCAGCACAGAAUGUCAUCUGUAGAGGCGAAGACAUAGUUUUCGCACACAAAGGAAAAGACAUUGAUAAAUUCAAGAUGAAUCCAUUGUCAAGAUUCCUUUUGCUCGCAAUCCACAAGAAAAUCAAUUUCGAUGUUUUCUCAACAUCUGUCGGUGAAGAAAAACCUAAAUUUGAGAAACUUCGAAAAGAAGACGAACUUCGAGAACAAGUUCAAAAGAACACAAAGAUACUUCGAUCUAGGUUGUUAUGGAAACUCCACAGAGACAACACAUUGAUCACAGCGAUUUCUGCACACACAUUCGCUCAGGAAUACAACAGAUUUAUUCCAGAAUUCAGAGUCACACAAGAAGCGAACUUGUUUGCUAAAAAUGACUGGAUCGAACCAAUGAAAGAUGAUGUUUUCGUUUUCGACGACUUCAAAGUAUCAGUUGAGAGUCUUGUUCGUGCACUGGAUGUAACAAGGAAGAAGGCAAAGCAGCAGAUGCUUACAGACGAAAGAGACCGAAUAAUGAAAGAACUGAACGAAAGAGUCCGAAAUCCAAAUAAUAUUUCAUUUAAAGAACAUGAAAAAGAAACAGUCAUCAACAAUCAAAUUGCAGUUCAUACACCUGCAAUGCCUCCAACUCCUCUCAAAUCUCCUCGAUUCAAGAAAAAUUGA